CUCCGGGCGGGCGGCUUGUUGAUAAUAUGGCGGCAGGAGCUGCUUGGGAAUCCCGAGGAGGUGGUGGGGUUGACACGCGCAAAAAGGGUCUCAUUUCGGGCUAGUGCGACGGCUCCCGAGGACCCGGAAGUCCCAGCCAAUUGCUGAAUGAGGGGAGCCGGGCCCUCUCCGCGACAGUCCCCCCGCGCCCUCCGCCCGGACCCGGGCCCCGCCAUGUCCUUCUUCCGGCGGAAAGGACUCUGCCGGGAGGGAGACGGUGGCCUCGCGGGAGGUCAAAAGAGAAUUGUCGCGCUGUAUGCUUCAAUUGCUGUACAUUCCCCACAAAAAACUACUAAAAAUCAUGCCUUGCUGGAGGCUGCAGGACCAAGUCAUGUUGCAAUCAAUGCCAUUUCUGCCAACAUGGAUUCCUUUUCAAGCAGCAGGACAGCAACACUUAAGAAGCAACCAAGUCACAUGGAGGCUGCUCACUUUGGGGACCUAGGCAGAUCGUGUUUGGACUACCAGACUCAAGAGACCAAAUCAAGUCUUUCAAAAACCCUUGAGCAGGUCUUGCAUGACACUGUUGUCCUCCCAUAUUUCAUUCAAUUCAUGGAACUUCGGAGAAUGGAACACUUGGUUAAAUUUUGGUUAGAGGCUGAGAGUUUUCACUCUACAACCUGGUCCCGAAUAAGAGCGCACAGUCUGAACACAGUGAAGCAGAGCUCACUGGCUGAGCCUGUCUCCCCCUCUAAAAAGCAUGAAGCUACAGCAUCUAUUAUAACCGAGUCCCUUGACAAGAGAUUAGAAGAUUCUUGUCCAGUCCAAUUGCUUAUGACUCAUUCAGAAGGAAUCGACCUGAAUAAUAGAACUAACAGCAGUCAGAAUUACUUGCUACUUUCCCAAGAAUGUGACAACGCCAAUUCUUUCCAUCUUGAAAUGGCUAGAGCAGGAACUCACCCAGCUUCCAUGGGAACUCCAGAAUCUUCCUCCAGACUAACAAUAGCCAGUAAAAACAGUUCCUCUUCUCCAUUGAAAGAAUUAUCAGGAAAACUAAUGAAAAGUAUAGAACAAGAUGCAGUAAAUACUUUUACCAAAUAUAUAUCUCCAGAUGCUGCUAAACCCAUACCAAUUACAGAAGCAAUGAGAAAUGACAUCAUAGCAAAGAUUUGUGGAGAAGAUGGACAGGUGGAUCCCAAUUGUUUUGUUUUGGCACAGGCCAUAGUCUUUAAUGCAAUGGAGCAAGAGCACUUUAGUGAGUUUCUGCGAAGUCACCAUUUCUGUAAAUACCAGAUUGAAGUGCUGACCAGUGGAACUGUUUACCUGGCUGACAUUCUCUUCUGUGAGUCAGCCCUCUUUUAUUUCUCUGAGUACAUGGAAAAAGAAGAUGCAGUGAAUAUUUUACAAUUCUGGUUGGCAGCAGAUAACUUUCAGUCUCAGCUUGCUGCAAAAAAGGGCCAGUAUGAUGGACAGGAGGCACAGAAUGAUGCCAUGAUCUUAUAUGACAAGUACUUCUCCCUCCAAGCCACACAUCCUCUUGGAUUUGAUGAUGUUGUACGAUUAGAAAUUGAGUCCAAUAUCUGCAGGGAAGGUGGGCCACUCCCAAACUGUUUUAUAACUCCAUUACGUCAGGCCUGGACAACCAUGGAGAAGGUCUUUUUGCCUGGCUUUUUGUCCAGUAAUCUUUAUUAUAAGUAUUUGAAUGAUCUCAUUCAUUCUGUUCGAGGAGAUGAAUUUCUGGGAGGGAGUGGUUCACUGACUGCCAACAGCUCUAUUGGCCUUCCUGAUGAGUCUCACCAAGGUGGUUCCGAUAGUGCCACUUCUCAGUCCAGUGUGAAAAAAGCCAGUAUUAAAAUUUUGAAAAAUUUUGAUGAAGCGAUCAUCGUGGAUACUGCAAGUCUGGAUCCAGAAUCUUUAUAUCAGCGGACAUAUGCAGGGAAAAUGACAUUUGGAAGAGUCAGCGACUUGGGACAAUUUAUCCGAGAAUCUGAGCCUGAACCUGAUGUAAAGAAAUCAAAAGGUUCCAUGUUCUCACAAGCAAUGAAGAAGUGGGUACAAGGAAAUACUGAUGAGGCCCAAGAAGAGCUAGCUUGGAAGAUUGCUAAAAUGAUAGUAAGUGACGUCAUGCAGCAAGCACAGUAUGACCAACCGUUAGAAAAAUCUACAAAGCUAUGACUCAAGGCCUGAGAUAAAGGAAGUCUUCUUUUGAAAAAUAAGAGAACUUUGUUCUUUGGUUGGAUUCUUCAACACAGCCAGCAGAAACAGAGCACUGUUUUUCUUUUCACUGAUGCAUCACUGUUGUUUCCAAGAAAGAAUGGGAGACAAUCCUAGACCAUAAUACAGAGUAACAUGUAGACAUAAAUGAUGCACAUGAUGUUCACACAGUGAGUCACAAAGAUACAAAAUGGUAUUGUUUACAUGGCUAGCGCAUUAUUUUCCAAUGGCAAUAACUCACGUAUGAGAGAGUUAGUCCACUGGAUAGACAGGGACCACAUCCUGUGUCAGCCAGAUAAAUGUAGAGUUGAUAUUUGAUAUACAUUCUUGUAGUGGGAGUCCAUCCCUAGCAGCAUCAUAGAGCAUGUGGCAGAGGUGCUUUGCUUUAUCCUCCUAAAAUUAACAUGAGUCAGCCCCACUGCGAGCCAGGCAGCUCCAAGUGAAUGUGGGGCUAGAAGCAUAUAGAAUAGAUUGAGGAUCCCUUAUGUAGUCUUCCUUCACAGAAGCAUUAAUUUAGAAGGAAGCCAACAAGUUACUGGUCAAUCCUGAGUGAUGUGGACCUUCUAGUGGCAGAAUACAAUUUUCACAUUUUACUUGUUCCUGAGAUGCACUAUCCUUAAAACCAUUCUCUUUCCUGCUAACAAAAGAGGAAUCUAGUUUAUGUUGAACACUAAGAUUUAUUCUUCUGGAAUUCUGUGCUUCGGUUACUAAACUUCCCCUUCAGAAUACAUGUGGGAAGAAUGAAAAAGUAAAGACCACUCCAUUUCUUCACUUGUAGUACCUUGAGCAAAAUGGUUAUUCUGAGAUUUUUUUUUUUUUUUUUUUUCUCCUCACUCAAUAAUGUGGGGGAAGAAGGACUUAAACUUUGACUGCUUUCUCCAUUCUUUUGAACGUUUGCAGUUGGUGGCUGUCUGUUUUUUCUUUCUGUCUUCAGGGCAGUAAGAGAUUUGCUUGCUGCACUUCUGCUCAGUCAAUGUUGUGUUGGGUCUGCACAGCCAACCACAGGGCCACCCAGUUGGUAAGCACACUCCACUGGCCUUGCUGUGCCCAACUUUCCUUGAUGGAUGUGACUAUGAAGAAAGAAAGUUCUAUUAGGUGUUACUGCUUUUGCUCAGACUUUGAAAAACAAAAAGAGUUAAUAUAUCUAUCUAUCUAUAUAUAUAUAUAUAUAUAAUUAUUAAUCACCUCUGUCCUUGAGAAAAUCUUGAAUGAAUAGAGAAUUUAUUCCAUUGCAAUCCAAUUGUGUAGAGGCACGCUGUUUGAAGAGAAGAAGCAAAAAGGCUGUGUAUAAAUUUUUGGUACUGUGUACCAUCUCUGUUAUCCUUCAAAAGCUGAAGUAUUCAUGUACUUAAACCAUAUUCUAUUUAAUUGUGUUUGAUUUUAAAUAUACAUAUAUAUAUAAAAAUUAUAUUUAAAAUUGUGUCAACUUUCUGCUUUCAGGGCAUUGAUGGUUCUUUAUAUAUUGACCCUUCCUAAUAUAUCCAUACCCAGAACAUGAGCCACUGUUGGAUUUAACCUUGUGUUAGCAGUAUAGGCAUAAACCAGAGGUUAAAAAAAUAAUAUAUAUGUGCAUAUAUAUGUGUACAUACAUAUAUAGUAUAUGUGAUUAACUUGUUUUGUUCUUUUAACAACAUAUUUCCAUCCAUUUCACAUUGCUUCAAACUUUGAACAAGAGAAAAGCAAUAUAAAGGUCAUAGAAUAAAAUGUGGUUUUAGUGAUUUUUGCUGCCUCUGCAUGUUUUGAAAUAACAAUUUCUGUAAGACUCUAGGCUAAAAACUAGUUUCCAUUGAGAUAAUUUCUAGUCAUUUCUUACUGUACAUUUUGUGCUUCUGAGUUAAUGGAUAUCAGUAAUUGUAAUCUUAUAAAAAGAAAAACAGCAGGUUGAGAAUCAGUCUGCUGUGACCUGCUAUGAGUGAUAAGGGCAGUGUGGCCUGAAAUCAUUAGUUGGAUUUAAUAUAUGAUCUAAAUUAGAUCCUUGUACUCAUUUGAAAAUUGGAAUUGGGUCCAUCUAACAUCGAGCAUUCACUUGUGUUCCAGGUGCCAUGCAGUGUACCCACAAAAUGUGAUCCUCUAGUGAGUUUUUAUAAGGCCAAGGGACUAUUUGAACAUUCUUCAUCCUUACCAUGCCAUUCACAUCAACAUAAAUUGUUUAAAAAGUAAAAUAUUAGUGAGAAACUGAUACUUUUGUAGUUUGGUGUGUCUUCAGUCCUUUAAGUUUUAAUGAGUAUAAAGCAAAUGUCAACCAAAUCCAGUAUUGAACAGUAAAACAGGGAACAAGUUUUUGUAACUUUUUCCAUUUGGGUUUCAAUAUUCAGCAGGGCUUUAUGAAAUUUAAGUCAUUAAAUCAAUUUAAGUAUUAGAGCUUUGACUAGUUCAAUUGAAAUUUAGAGUGGACUAUCAUUCUGAAUUGAGGAAAUUAAAAACAUUGUUAUUUUAUUUAAGUAACAAGAGCUAAGAUCCUGAUAAGACAGCUGAUUUCUCUAACACAGUUUGGGAACCUGCGUGACUCAAAAUUUAUUCAGUUCACACAGUGGUUUGUAGUGAGGGUCAUUUCUGCCCAGCAGCCUUUUUUCUCUUGGCCAUCUACCCUACCUUCCAGUUGAUGAGACCAAAGUAGAACUGAUCUAAAAAGGGAGGCAGUUCUUUAUCUGACCAAUUUUGCAUGUGAAUGCAAAGCUUCCAGUCACAGUCUUAAGAUGAUGACUGUGGACAAGCACUAGAGAGCAGCUGCCUUGGUAACCCUCAGGACUCCCUUGGUCUUGGCAUCUGGUCCUGCAUCGUUGCCUUAGCCUACACUCAACCCUCAGGUCUCUGUGUCCAGUUCUGCAUCUUUGCCUUGGCCUGUGCUUAUUCCUCAGGUAUGCAUAGAAUGAAUCUUGAUUUUUAAAAAUCAACCUGAAAUUAAUUUUAUUACAUACAACCAAAAAGACCUUGACUAACAGGCUGCUGUACUGGUCUGAUUCUUCAUGAUUAUAUGUGCUCAAUACAUGUGCAAAGUACUGCUAAAUUCUGGAGAUGAAUUUUUGUCCAGUAAACCCUCUUGUUAUUUUGUGUGUUCUUUCAAAACGGAAUCCCACCUAAUGGAACUAAAAGAUACUUCCCUCCGGCCUUCAGGAGGCUGAGACAAGAGGUCAGUUUAAAGUCAACCUAGGGACGU